CUGAGCAUGCGCAGAACAUGUUGUAAACAAUGAGACUAUUCCAGACCGUCUCUAGCUUUGUGUCUAUCCAACAGUUUAUCUGUGAAAACCUAACAAAGAUUUCCCAUAGGUCCGCGUAUAUUAAAUAAAAAUGUUCCUUGGGAGCUGAAGCAUGGAGGCGGUUCUGAGCAGGCUGAGGGGGCUAAGUGCUGAUGAACUGCGUGAGGAGUUUGUCCGAGCAGACCUCAAGUGCGGCCCUAUCACAGCCACCACCCGAGCCACCUUUGAGAGGAAGUUAGCCCGAGUCUUGGCUGGGCCGGAGAGCAGUGCCACUGAAACGGACAACAGCUCUUCGGCAAGCGUCUCGAGCAAUGCGGCCUCUGUUGCUGAUCAUGCCAAACCUGUGUCAUGUGCCACCUUAGGAGUUGCACCCACCACUGCUGGAACAAGCAGGAACCCCCCUGGGGCUGCCAACGAAGAGUUAGACUUUGGUUAUGGUGUGGGUCUCAACCCUCCAGACGAAGACGAGAUUUCAGUAAAGACGGCCUCAAGCAGCUGUACGCAAGGCAGUAACUCUCAGUUCAAAACAGAAACCCCUUCAAAGCUGGCACAAGUGUCCCCAACCUUUUAUUAUGGAGUAUGUCCACUGUGGGAGGAUGUUUUGGCUAGAAAUGAGAGAGCACAUGUAUACACCGAUAAGAAAGAUGCCCUUCAAGCUGUUAAGAUGAUGAAGGGAGCCCGCUUCAAAGCCUUUCCCAACCGCGAGGACGCUGAGAAGUUUGCGAAGGGGAUCUGUGACUAUUUCCCCUCUCCCAACAAAUCUAUACCCUGUGUAUCUCCUGUGAAACCGGGCUUGGUCGUUAGUAAAGACAACAUGGAGGUUGAUACCAUCAACCGGGAGCGGGCAAACAGUUUCAAGAGCCCGCGCACCCAAGACCUGACGGCCAAACUGAGGAAAGCUGUGGAGAAAGGCGACGAGAUGGCCUUCAGUGAGCUGGUCUGGAGCAACCCACGCUAUCUCAUUGGCUCAGGGGAUAAUCCCACUAUUGUGCAGGAGGGCUGCCGGUACAACGUAAUGCACGUGGCAGCCAAGGAGAACCAGGCAGGAAUCGCUCAGCUGAUGCUGGACACCUUGGAAAACCCAGAGUUUAUGCGCCUCAUGUAUCCAGACGACCAGGAAGUUAUGCUGCAGAAACGUAUCCGAUACAUUGUAGAUCUUUACCUCAACACUCCAGAUAAGGCUGGCUUUGAAACACCGCUCCACUUUGCCUGUAAGUUUGGAUGCCCAGACGUGGUCGAUGUCCUCUGCUCGCAUCCUGACAUAGAUAAGAACUGCAAGAACAAGGAUGGCCAAAAGCCUUGUGAUCUUAUUUGUAGCAGAAAAAAUAAAACCCAAGAAGUGAAACAGAAGAUAAGUGAUUAUUUGGAGGAUCGCUGCUUUAUCCCUUUGCUGAGGGCAACCGACAACACCUCUCAACCAGUUAUUGGUGGUCUGUGGUCACCUGAGUCCUCAGAAAGCUUCUCACUGAUCGAGCAUAGGAGAAGCCCUAUGGAUCCCAUGAUGACCGUCACGGCUUUCGCUGGCCCACUGAGUCCUUCUAAAGCAAAUGAUUUUCGUCGGUCCUGGAAGACACCACCCAGAGACAGGGCAGAGGUUUUCCACCACAUUCUGAAGUCUGAUCCUGACCGCGGGGCAGAAAGAGUGGGCAGAAACCUGGCUCAUGAGAUGGGCCACCCAUGGGCUGAGUACUGGGACUUUUUGGACAGUUUUGUGGAUCUGUCAUCUACUGAGGGGCUCCGCAAGCUGGACGAGUACCUCAGCAAGAAGGAUUUCAGCCCGCGGACUCAUGAAGAGGCUGGAGAGAACGAGACCAGCAACAGGUUCAAAACCCCCUCUCCAGGCAAGCCCAAAAAGUUCUGCAACUCCAUCUCUGUUGGUGCCUUCCUGGAUGAGGGUGAUGACAUCAGCCUUGAGGAGAUGAAGAACCGGCAGAACGCAGCACUCACCAGCAUCACAUCCUCUGCUGCAUCCAAGGACUGCCUGAAGGGAGCAGUGGGUGGCCGCGAGUUCCACAUCCUGCCUAUUGCACUGCACCACCGCGGGGCUGACCUGAUCGAGACAGCAGCUGAGCAGGACCUGCUGUGCUGCUGCGACGACGGCCUUCUGUCACCUGGCGUCGUCUGCAAAAACGGCGUGUGCUCCUCCUCCAGAGAUAGGACUCACAAUGGAGACAAGGUGGCUCCUCGCACCUCUCCGUCCUCCUCCUGCUUGCUGUCGCCCAUCUCCAACCUCAUGGUGGAAUUUGAGCGCAUGUCACUGCAAGAGCCGCUGGACAGCCCAACCAGCUGCAGGGAGCGAAGGAGCAGUGGCGGGAGCCGUCACAGAGAGGUCCGGGACUCCUACAGCUCCUCCUCAGCCACAGACCUCAGCUCUGGGGUGAACCGCCUGUCUCUCGGUCACAGCAGUCAGGAUGGUGAGAGCAUGGAGGGGCCAGGCUGGAGAACAGAGGGAGGAGGGACGGAGGAGAGGCGCAGCAGUGGCAGCUCAGAGGAGUAUUUUGAAGCAGAGGAGAGUCUGGAGGUGCUGGGCAGGACUAGGGGGUCAGGAUCAGGGGGGCGCAACUUCUGUGCCAGGUCCAAGUCAUGGGACCAUGGGGGGAGGGACCUGAGCAGCUCAGGAUCCUCUGGGUCCUCCUAUAAGUCGCUAGAUAACUCCAAUGAGUUCCUACCCAGGACCCCACCGCACAUCAGAAGAGGACUUUUCAUUGACGGGGAUUCGCCGUCCAAGUUGGACAGAGAGGUCUUGGCAGCAAUAGAGGGCUUAGACAUCGAUUCCCAGAAGUAUCCCAGCAUUCAGAAGUGGAAGAGCACAAUGAAGUCGUACUCAACAUCAGACAUGCAGAGCUGGCCCAGCCCUGCGGUGGUAAAACCACAACUCAGGAUUCGGCAUCAGACUCCCGGGUCCCCAGUCAGCGGCCUGAUGUCUCCCACCGGUCGCUUCAGUCCUGCCCGGCACGCCGCCUCACCAGACUUCAGCCCCAGCCGUUACAGCCCUGCCAAUGCUAGCUACAUCCAGCGCAUCCGCCUCAAGCACUUGAACGAGCCACCGAUCUAACUGCCCUCUCCUCCCCCGCCUCCAACCACUACGGCCAUACCCUCUCUAAGCCCUUACCCCGUCCUCCUCUUCCCACAACAAACCCAGCUGCACCAAGGUGGCUACACCAGAGCUCAGAAACCACAUACCUAACAGAAAUAUGCACAAGUGUCUGGAAGAUUUGUAUUAAUGAUGUAUGGUACUACUCCUAUGUAAUACAGGAAUUCUCAUCACGUUGGGUUGUGAUGUACACUCAAGACUUUAAAAAGGAAAAAAAGAAACCUUGAUAAUUUAUGUACUGUAUGGGUGUGGCCCAUGUUGAAUUGACGGUAAUGUUAUUUGUGGCAAGUGUGAAGCACCUGUAUCAUAGCCUGAGUCAACUUUUUUGGAUAUCGUGAAUACAAGUCGCACUCCCCGAAGUUAGUUCAUCACUAAAACCUAAGUGUGGAAUCCUCAACAGGAUUCUGUCACCGAGGAUGUUCUUAAAAAAAAAAAAAGUAAAAUGUCAAUAUUUUAAAAGUUAUUUUUUGUAUGUUGGUCAGUAGCACAAAAAAAUUUAAUGUUUUUAUUAAUGGUGUUAAAACCGACUGCCAUUUCCUAUGUUUUCCUCAGUUCAGGAAUUGCCUUAAUUUUCUGAAGUGAUGGACCAGCUCUCUGUCAGUUUGGACACACUCUCUAGCUCAUACAUGAAAUAUCUGGAAAUGGCGACCUCACUGGCUGCGUCGGUCACAGAUGAUUACGGCAAACAUGGAAAAAACUGAUUAGAGUGAGAUCUUCCAUGUUUUUAUUUUGUUCUUCAAUAAAUGCAUACAUUUUCCAUCUUUUCUUGGUGGUACCUGGACAUGUCUUGACUUUUCCUUUCUGCCACUACCGGCGGCCUUCGACUGUGCAAUUUUAAGUUUUUCUCUGAAAUAUCUUUCAUUCACAAGCAUCUCCCACAGUGUGAGUAUGAUUGACAUAACACACCCAUCAGUGUAAUUUUGGAAUUUGUCUUGUCUGGGCUAAAACUUAAAACGCCCAGUCUGAGACCAUCUUUAACUGUAUGAGGCUAUUUUUAACCACUAGGGGACAGAAAGACUCCAAAACUAACUCAGCAGCAACAGAAUCCUGAUGUAUUUAGCAUAUUAUGGACAUGUUAACGAAAAACUGCCUUACGCUUUCAAAGUACCCAACUGAUUAGCUGAGAGCUGCAUAGAGUUGGAUGUUGAUUCCCAGUGGGAUUGGCAGUAUUAGCAACCCUUUUCAUAUUACAAAAAGUAGUUUGAUUCAGUGUUAAUUUAAAAACUUGCGCUUAAUAGAGCUUUAAUGCCCAGUAAUGGGUCAGGAACCUCUUAUGCUGUGUUCACACCAAGCGCAAAGCAAGUUUUCGCGUCGAUUGACUCAUGCAUGUACCGGAGAGGAGGAGAACUCGGGCUAAUGCUAAUACUAACUGGGCUAAUAGUCCGGUACAACCAAUAGCUGAAAUCAAUUAACAUAUUUUCAGAAUUUACCAGGUAGUCCAACUUCAACAUUUUUCUCAAAGAAUUUUUUCCAGUCUUUGUACAAAUAUGAAGUAGUAUUGUAGAGUUUUGGGUGCCCACAAGUACAAUAUUUCCUCCGUUUCUGAUUCAAGUCAGGAGAAUCUCAACACUGUUUGCCUUUUGCAGCAGUGUCAUGCAAAGUUCUUGCAUGGGUUGAACAUUUACAAGUUUGUGUGAUUAUGUGUCAUUCACGUCACCCGACGCAAAUUUACGUUUGCAUUAACUUUGUAUGUAAUUCACCAAUUGAAAAAUGUGUUUGGUGUGAACACACCAUUAGGCGGUUCAAAUUGGCUUACAGUAAACUCAUGGACACAUGGCAGGUUAAGUCUAAUGGUGGAAUGUGAAUGUACAAAAACCUGCUGUAUCCAAAUUAUUUGUAACUUAGGGAUUAAUUCACUGCUGUACGAGGGCUUAUCAGCUAUGUCUAGGACAAAAAAGCCAAUCAUUUUAAAUAUUCAGAUUGCCACUGUUAGGUUGAGAGAAACAAGUGUUCUGAAUGUACAUUUUUUGUGAACUAAACCUUUAUCCGGGAGCACAAACUACUUCACUGAGAAGAUUGUAUCGUCAUCCUUGUGCUCUCAGCUGACAACAGAUCUAAUUCUGGUCUCUGAAUGUUUAUGAAUGUGGGACUUUGCAAAAAUGCACCUAAAAAACUUAAAACAUGCUUCUUGUGCUUUUAGCAUUCUGUGCUUUAUUAAAAAUUAACUUUCAUGGUGAAUUCUCUUUCUGUAUGUCUAGACCUCAUUUGCUUUCAACUAAUCAAUAAAACAUCACUCCUACUUUA